AUGAGGGUUGUUCUUCAGUCUGAAAACAUGAAACAACUGAAAAUUCCAACAAUGAAAGCGCGUAAUUUGGAGGAAUUACAAAAGGUAAUUAGGGAAUCCACCAUAGCUGACACUAUUCUCUUCUGGAAGUGGUAUGAAAACUACUUCAACGUCGAAAGUUACUUGCAAGAAGCCAUGGAUAACGCUCAAGAAAUCCAGAAAAUUGUCCGAAAAUUAGCCAAUGCACCACAAGAAAAUAGUCAUUUGCCUAACCAAAGUGGUGUGCACAAUGCGAAUAACAACAAUAAUGCUAAUGGUAAUGGAAAUGGUAAUGGUAAUGUCGCAUUCCAGCCCAAUGCUGGUGGAAAUAUCAAUGGUAAUGGAAAUGGUGGAAAUAACAACGGAAAUGGUGGUGGUGCUGGUGUUGUAAUUAGCAACGAGAAUCCUAGGAUAUGGAUGUUAUUUCAAAGGUACGAUGUGAACUAUCGACUUGUACAAAGGUUUUAUGAUAUUGGAUUGAUUCCAAGAAAUUUUGAAAGUUGGGAAGCCUUCGCCAAUGCAGUAUACCAAACUAGGGUUAACAGGACCACCAAUGCCGCCGUCCAUGCCCCUCAUCACGGAAGCAGAUUUACCAUUACCAUCCUUGAAUGCAUGGCAUACGUAUAG